AUUCCAGCCUCAAUCCACCUGCUGAGGCGACGUUCGAGCGCAUUGAGCUUGAUGCUGUGCGAGACCCGGACACUGUGAGCACGCGGAGAGGAAAAAGGAAAAGUUCCGUUUUAAAGUUUUAUCUGAUAAAAUUUGGUUUUAUUUACAUACCGGACCGAAUUCAGGAAUAAACUCCGAAUAUGGAGCUGCGGUUUUCCAGCUUAUUUUACGCCUGUGUUAUUUUUCUCUCAGGAUCGGUGUGUGGGCUGCAGAUAACAUCCUCAGGCCCGGCAUCUGUGGAGAAGGCAAGUGGUGAGACUGUAACGCUGGAGUGUAAGUUCACUCUCGCAGCGGAAGACAACGGACCUCUGGACAUCGAGUGGAGCAUCCAACCCUCUGACAACCAGAAAGAAGAGAAAGUGCUGAUCCUGUACUCAGGGGACAGGGUGUAUGAGAAUUACUACCCCCCUCUACAAGGCAGAGUGCACUUUGUCUCCUCCGACCCAAAGAAUGGUGACGCCUCCAUCACAGUAAUGGCUCUGAUCUCCUCCGACACCGGCACCUACCAGUGUAAAGUCAAGAAAGCACCAGGCAUCGGCAGCCAGAAGGUCCUGCUCACUGUCAUGGUGCGUCCCUCUAAGCCGCGGUGUUCUAUCGAGGGUUCUCCAUAUGUGGGGAAUGAUGUGGUUCUGAGGUGUAAAUCCACUGAUGGGACGAGUCCAAUACAGUACGCGUGGGUGAAGACCAGCGACAGCAAGCUGCUGCCCGCUAACGCUGUGCUGGAUGCUGCUGCAGGGACGGUGAAGAUCCGUAAUGCGACUACAGCCGUGUCAGGGAGUUACCUCUGCACUGCACAGAACCGAGUGGGGGCUGAACAGUGUGUAUUGGAGCUCAAAAUCACAACACCCCCAAACACAGCGGGUGUGAUCGCCGGGUCUGUAAUCGGUGUGUUGCUGUUCCUGCUCCUCUUGGCUCUGCUCCUGUUCUGCUGCUGUCGCUCUCGUCAGAAAAAGAAGUAUGAGAAGGAGAUUUCCUACGAGAUCAGAGAGGAUGUUCCUGCCCCAAAGAGCCGGAUCUCCACGGCCCGCAGUUUCACCAGUGCGGGGAGUCAGCGCUCCUCUCUUGGCUCCAUGUCUCCCUCCAACCUGCAUGAGUACACCAAAACCCAGUACAACAAGAUUCCAUCGGAGGAGUACGAGGCUCCGCCCAGCCACGUCCCUGAUCCCCCACCCAGCCUCACCCCAGUCAUCCCAGUCAUCCCACCCAGCAGGGUCGCCGGCCCCAAUCUCAGCCGCAUGGGGGCGGUUCCGGUCAUGACCCCGGCACAGAACCGGGACGGAUCCAUAGUGUAGCAGCGCAGCAGCCGAGUGGAUCUGAGGCGAGAAGAACGUCACAUGCUGAACUCACGAUUUAUUCUUCCAGAUCAUGAGCAGAAGGAGGUGCAUGAAGAUGUUUGUGUGUGUGUGUAUGUAUGUGUGUGUGUGUGUGUGUGUGUGCGUGCGUGGAUAAACCAGAUUUUGCUCUGUAAAUUAAUGAACGGUUUUAUUUUAAGUUUGUUUUCAGAUGUAAUCUGUAGUGAGAUGUAGCUGAAAUGCUCUGUAUGAUGAAGUCCAGCUGUCGUAGAUGAACGUGAAAAUGAAGAAUAGUAAUGUGGCUCCAGUUAUUCAAUCAAUUACUGAAUAGAUUUAUUUUUUUAUUUUAUUUUGUUGAAGUUACUUAGCAAGUUAGCCAUUGGCUAGCCAGUUAGCCUUGUUUCUAUUUAAUAUGUAAGAACACUAAUGUAGCUCUGAUGGUACUUCAUCAAGCUACUGGAACUCAAAC